GUUUGUUUUGAAUCCUUUACACAUUAGGUAAACGCCUUCUUUUCCAUACAACCCUCCAGUGUUUGAUGAAAAAUAGAUUCCUAAACGUGCCAAACCUGCAGAACAGGAAUAAAAGCUUCCAGUGAAAGCAUAAUGUUACCUUGAGAUAGAAGUGUUUUAGCUUGUACGAGCAUAUUUCACUCUUGAAAAGAAAUGAGAUUACGUUUCAUUUCUGGAAGAUAAAUGCUUCAGGAAAAUUCCAUUCUUCUUUUACAAUAUCAUUAAGGAGCUAGUUGGAACAGAGUCAAGCCUCUCAGUUAUAUAAGAUAAAGAAUGGCAUAUUGUUGGAAAACAGAUCUAAAUCCCAGGGAAUCGCAUGAAGAGCAGCAUGAGCACCAGGAAUUGCAAUCCAUAAAUCAACCCCUUUUUCCCAGCCAAGCCAGUCUGGGUUUUGAUCAGCUAGUAGAAGAAAUCAAUAAUAAAAUCCCACUCUAUCAGAGUGAAAUUGAAGAAAACACUGUUUUUGUGCCCAGUUCACCAAACUGGAACUCAAAAAAGCAUUCAUUAGAUGGAGCACAGCAAAUAGCCUUGAAUGAAUUCAAUUCUAAAAGCUCAGAACUCUCUUGUCACCAAGUUAGGGAAACAGCCGUAAUUGGUUUUAGGCCCUCUGUGCUACCAAAUCCUCAAGACACAAAUAAAGAAAGCUCUUGGGGAAAUCCCAUAGGAAAACAUUGUGGUGCUGAUGAUUACGGAGGCAAUAUUUUAGCUCCAUCAUCUACUAGUCUGCAUAAAAUUAAUUCACAAAAAGAAAAUAUUUUAGUUCCAUCAUCCACUAGCUUGGAUAAAAUUAAUUUACCGAAAGAAUUGGAAAAUAAAAAUCAUACCUAUCAUAUAGGAUUUAAAAGUAGCAUUCCUUCUGUAUAUCCACCCUUCUCAACUGACCUCAUGUCAGAAGAAGAGAAUAAAAGGAACAGAGCUACAAACACUGUGGAGCCUCCUUUCAUGCUCUUUAAAGGGUCCUUCCUGCCCAGGGUGUGGGAGCGUUCGUGGCCAAAGAACACAGAGCCCCUAGAUUGUUCCAUUCAGCUAAUUGAAGUACCUCAAGGCAGUAAUAUGAGUCUGGCCUCCUUUUGUGACAAAGUAAAAAAAAUCAGAGAAACAUACCAUGCAGCUAACAUCGAUUCCAAUUCGGGGAAGAUCUGGAGCACUACUACAGCAUUUCCAUAUCAACUUUUUUCUAAUACUAAGUUUAGUAUACAUAUUUUUAUCGACAACUCAACACAACUACUUCAUUUGAUGCCACAUGCUAACUGUCUUGUCAAGGACCUAAUUACAGAAAUUAUACAUUUUUGCACAAAUGUCCAGUUAUUCCACAAAGAUUGUCUUCUAAGUAUAUGUGGCUAUGAAGAAUUCUUACAGAAUGAUCACUCUUUGGGGAGUCACAAAAUAUUUCAGAAAGAUAAAUCUAUUAUUCAACUUAACCUGCAGAAAAAUAAGGACAUUCCAGGAAAGUUAUCUCGAAAGCAUGAAGAUGACCACAGUCAUUUUUUUCUGAACCAACUUUUAGAAUUUAUGCAUAUUUGGAAAAUAUCCAGACAGUGCCUUUCAACAGUAAUCAAAAAAUAUGACUCCCACCUGAAAUGCCUGUUGAAAACCCAGAAAGAUGCAGAGGAGAAACAUUUGCCACCAAAUUUCUCCAAUGUUCCAAAUAUUUUUAAGCAAAAUGUGGAAAAUAUAAUUGAAGAAGUUAAAAAUAUAUGCAGUGUUCUGGGAUGUGUGGAGACAAAGCAAAUUACAGAUGCUGUAAGUGAACUCAAACUACUUCUACAGAGAAAACCAGAGAAUUUUCAUCAAGGUUCAGAGACUUCGACAAGAGGUUUGGUAGAAAAAGUGACAACUGAACUAUCCACAUCCAUCUACCAGCUAAUUGAUGUCUAUUGCAGCAGCUUUUAUGCAGAUUUCCAGCCUCUAAAUGCACCUGGUAAUGUUUCCUGUGUGCAUCCUGGGCUCCACUCCCACCUUAGCUUCACAGUGUAUGCGGCUCACAACAUUCCAGAGACCUGGGUGCAUAGCUAUAAAGCAUUUUCUUUUUCCUGUUGGCUUACUUAUGCUGGAAAGAAGCUAUGCCAAGUGAGAAACCACAGAAAUAUUCAAGCCAAAAAAUUGUUUUUUUUCUUGGUCAACUGGAAUGAAAUCAUCAAUUUUCCUCUUGAAAUAAAGUCACUUCCAAAGGAAUCCAUGCUCACUAUAAAACUAUUUGGGAUUAACUGUGCAACCAACAGUGCCGAUUUGUUGGCCUGGAGUUCUCUUCCAUUGUUUCCAAAAGACAGAUCGAUUCUUGGAUCUAUGCUAUUCAGCCUGACAUUACAGAGUGAGCCUCCCAUAGAAAUGAUAGCUCCAGGAGUGUGGGACACAAGUCAGCCAUCCCCAGUGACCCUGCAGGUUGACUUUCCAGCUACUGAGUGGGAGUACGUGAAACCUGAUUUUGAAGAUCAUAGAUGUAAUCUUGAGGAACCACCGAAAGAGUGUUUGAAACAUAUUGCCAGACUUUCACAGAAACAGUCUCCCUUACUACUUUCUGAAGAAAAGAGAAGAUACUUAUGGUUUUAUCGCUUCUACUGCAAUAAUGCAAACUGCUCCCUCCCUUUGGUCCUGGGCAGUGCCCCAGGAUGGGAUGAAACAACUGUUUCAGAAAUGCACACCAUUUUGAGAAGAUGGAAAUUUUCUCACCCUUUAGAGGCACUUGGACUUUUGACUUCCAGCUUUCCAGAUCAAGAAAUUCGGAAAGUGGCAGUUCAGCAAUUAGACAGCCUCUUGAAUGAUGACCUGCUGGACUAUCUCCCGCAGCUGGUUCAGGCUAUCAAGUUUGAAUGGAACCUUGAAAGUCCUCUAGUGCAACUUCUAUUACACCGCUCAUUGCAAAGCAUCCAGAUUGCCCACCGGCUUUACUGGCUGCUAAAGGAUGCACAGAAUGAAGCUUAUUUUAAAAGUUGGUAUCAGAAGCUGUUGGCUGCUCUCCAAUUCUGUGCAGGGAAAGCCUUGAGUGAUGAGUUUUCCAAGGAGAUGAAACUUAUCAAAAUUCUGGGAGACGUUGGGGAAAAAGUCAAGUUGGCCAGUGACCCUCAGAGGCAGGAGGUGCUGAAGAAAGAGAUUGGCAAACUAGAAGAAUUCUUUCAGUAUAUACAUACCUGUCAUCUUCCUCUAAACCCUGCCCUCUGUGUAAAGGGGGUUGAUUGUGAUGCAUGUUCAUAUUUCACAUCGAAUGCUUUGCCAUUGAAGAUUACUUUCAUCAAUGCUAGUCCAAUGGGCCAAAAUAUCAGCAUCAUUUUUAAGGCUGGAGAUGAUCUUCGUCAGGAUAUGCUAGUUCUGCAGAUUGUUCAAAUGAUGGACAAUAUUUGGCUGCAGGAGGGCCUGGAUAUGCAAAUGAUCAUUUAUAGAUGCCUAUCCACAGGAAAAGGCCAAGGAUUGGUACAGAUCGUGCCUGAUGCUGUAACCCUAGCAAAGAUCCAUCGCUGCUCUGGACUGAUGGGACCGCUGAAGGAAAAUACCAUCAAAAAGUGGUUCAGUCAGCACAACCACUUAAAGACGGAUUAUGAAAAGGCCCUGAGGAACUUUUUCUAUUCCUGUGCUGGCUGGUGUGUGGUGACAUUCAUCCUGGGAGUCUGUGACCGUCACAACGACAACAUCAUGCUGACAAAGUCAGGCCACAUGUUUCAUAUUGACUUUGGAAAAAUUUUAGGUCAUGCACAAACAUUUGGAGGGAUAAAAAGGGACCGAGCCCCUUUUAUUUUUACUUCAGAGAUGGAAUACUUCAUUACAGAAGGUGGGAAAAACCCACAGCAUUUCCAAGAUUUUGUGGAACUUUGCUGUCGGGCUUAUAAUAUUGUCAGAAGACACAGCCAACUAAUCUUGAACCUACUAGAAAUGAUGCUACAUGCAGGGCUGCCAGAGCUAAGUGGAAUCCAAGACCUGAAGUAUGUGUAUGAUAACCUUCGUCCGCAAGACACAGACCUGGAAGCAACAAGUCAUUUUACCAGGAAAAUAAAGGAAAGUCUGGAGUGCUUCCCUGUUAAAUUGAAUAACUUGAUUCACACACUUGCACAAAUGACAACCGUGAGCCCUGCCAAAUCUGCUUCAGAGGACUUGUCCCCGAAACCCUGUGCGCUGAGUUCAAACAGGUCAAUUCAAAGAGCAGCAAUUUUAAGGUUCAGCAAGAAAACUCAUGCUCUGUAUCUAAUCCAGGUGACACACAGGAACAACGAAACAAGCCUGACAGAAAAGUCAUUUGAACAGUUUUCGAAACUCCACAGUCAACUUCAGAAGCAGUUUCCAUCACUGACGCUCCCAGAGUUUCCUCAUUGGUGGCACUUACCUUUUACAAAUUCAGAUGACAAAAGAUUCAGAGAUCUAAAUCAUUACAUGGAACAGAUAUUAACUGGAUCAUACGAGGUUGCAAAUAGUGAUUGCAUUCUUAAUUUUUUCCUCUCUGAGCCCGUGCAACAAACACUUGAAGACUCAUCAUCCUUGUUCCUAGGUGUGCAGUCUCCUGACAAGGUGCCUAAAGUGCAGUUAGUCAUAUCAUACGAAGACGCAAAGCUGACAAUACUAGUGAAACACAUGAAAAACAUUCAUCUCCCAGAUGGCUCCAUGCCCAGUGCACAUGUUGAGUUUUAUCUUUUACCACAUCCCAGUGAAGUCCGUAGGAGGAAAACAAAAUCUGUUUCAAAAUGUACCGACCCCACGUACAAUGAAAUUGUGGUAUAUGACGAAGUCACGGAGCUCCAAGGACAUGUCUUAAUGCUAAUUGUGAAGAGCAAAAGCACAUUUGUGGGAGCAAUUAACAUCCAACUUUGCAGUGUCCCACUCAAUGAAGAAAAAUGGUACCCACUAGGAAACAGUAUAAUCUGACCACUGCUGUGAAAAUGUGCGUUAUUCAUUAACUGCUUGUGUUUUUUCACUUCUGAGCAUCUCUGUCAUGAGCAGAACAUUUUAGUUGUGAAAGACAUUGUAGUGUAUUAA